AUGGCGCGGCCGCUGCGACGGGAGGCCGUGCCGCCGCCGCUGCUGCUGCUGCUGCUGGUGCUGCUGGCGGCGGCGCUGGGCCUGGCGCAGCCCCCGCCGCCCCCGCAGCCCGCCGCCCCCGCCUGCCGCGCCUCCGAGCUGCCGUGCGGCACGGGCCGCUGCGUGGCGCUGGACCGUUUCUGCGACGGCGAGGACGACUGCGGCGACAAGUCGGACGAGCCGCGCUACUGCUCCCCCUGCAACAGGACGUACUACGGCGACGUGGGGCGCACGUACGAGCUGGAGAUCAGGCGGCCGCGCGAGGACCGGCUGCCCUUCCUCUGCCACCUCAACUUCACGGCCGGCGGCAAGGAGCUGGGGGACCUGGUGCAGCUGACGUUCGACACGUUCACCGUGGGCAAGUUCGUGUCGUUCACGGCGGACGGCUGCCCCGACGGCCACAUGAGCGUCCGCGAGCUGGGGCGCCCGUCGACGGGCGGCCAGUGGUGCGGCAGCGCCUGGGGCUACACCGUCUACUACAGCGAGACGGCGUCGCUCAACCUCACGCUGAGGCUGUACCGCCUCUCCGAGCAGGGGAUCGGCUACAACUUCGACUUCAAGCUGGCCUACAAGUUCCUGCGGCGCAGCGAGGCGCGGCUGCGCUACGGCAACAGCUCGGCGGGCACGUGGCGCGGCCAGCUGGCACCCGGCACCUACUGCGACCGCCUGCUGGACCGCUGCGACGUGCGGCCGUGCCGGGUGCAGUCGCCCAACUACCCGGGGGUGUACCCGCGCAACGUCACCUGCCGCUACCGCCUGGAGCACCGCACCGUGCCGCGCGGCAAGCACGCCAUGCUGGCCGUGCGCCAGCGCAACAGCCACAAGAUACACAUCAAGGACCAGAUCGUCAAGUACGACCGCAGCCAGAGGGUCCUGCGGGUGUGGGACCAGUGCAACGUGGUGCAGGACUACCUGACGGUGUACGACGGCGCCUCGCCCUCGGCGCCCGUGCUCGUGCGGCUGUGCGGCGGAGACGCCGUGCCGGACAUCGUCAGCUCCGGGCCGAACAUGCUGCUCGAGUUCCACACGUCGCCCUACGACAACCCCUUCCACCCGGUGCCGCUCAGCUACCUGCCCGGCUUCGAGCUGGAGGUGCAGGUGGUGUACGUGGACGCGCGCUCGCAGUCGUACGUGCGCGACGGCGGCCGCUGCGAGUUCCUGCUGACCAGCUUCGACUCGUCGUGGGGCACGCUGCAGAACCCGCGCCACUCGCUGCCGCCCAACACCACGUGCCGCUACCACUUCCAGGGCCGCCGCCACGAGACCGUGUGGCUGUCGUUCGUCAAGUACCACGCGGCGAGCGCCGACCCGGCCGUGUACGACCUCACGUCCGACUGCAACGCGCGCCUGCGCGUCUGGGACGGCCGCGCCGCCGCCGGGUGGGCCGCGCCCUCGCAGUCCAACGUGACCCUGCUGGGGGAGUUCUGCAAGGAGGAGGUACCGCGACUCUGCGACCACAACCUGCUGAGCAACAGCUCGCGCUUCACCAGACCCUGCUCGCUGGCCGAGAGCUACGUGUCCUCCGGCUCCGAGCUCACCGUGGAGCAGUUCCUGCGGCAGGGCAGCGCGCUCUACCCGGUCAGCUUCGCCCUGCGCUACGAGUUCGUGGACACCAGCCUAGAGGGCGCGCCCGCCCCGGGCCCCGCCGGCCCCUGCGACCGGCUCUUCAGCUCCUCCGCGGCGUCCGCGGGUCGCUUCCAGUCUCCCAGGAGCGUGUUCUUGUACGGCCGCGGCGGGGCGCAGAACCUCAGCUGCACGCUGCGCUUCGAGGCGGGCCCGGGCGAGAAGGUGAGGCUCGCCCUCCACCGGGCCCGCUUCGGCGAGCGGGCCUGCGAGUCCCGCCUGGACGGCCGCACGGGCCGCUGGGCCUGCGUCUCGCCGAGACGCGCCAACUCCAGCGGCGUCGUCGCCGAGCUGUGGGUGUCGGAGCUGCCGUGGCCCGGCGUGCGCCUGGCGAGGGACUGCCUCUGCUCGCGCCUCGCCGACCCCCUGGUCGUCACCACCCUCGCGUCGUCCGUGGUGGAGGUCAACUUCACCGUCACGCUCAUGAACAUCACGCAGGACUUCUCCGACUUCUACUUCGAAGGGGAGUACCAGUUCCUCAACGCCUUGGACCUGGACAUCGGCCUGUGCUCCGCCUCCGGCGACGAUCGGAGACUCAGGGGGACCAGCGGCGAGAUUGCGAUCAGGAGUCCCGUGUCCAGAAUCCCUGAUCCGCAGUCUGCGAUGGAUGGUCAUCUGGAGACUUCCGGGGAUAAAGAGCAUGUGGGUCUUUUCCGUUGCGUGAACUUCCCUUGGCUGAUAGAGCCCGAAGACCCAUCCAACAACUUCUUGUACUUGAAGAUACGCGGGUUCGAACUGACAGGGAGACAAGGACUUCAGUGUCACACACAGAACCGCAUAGUUGUGUAUUCUGGGGUCGACACGCGGAAUCCCAAAGUCAUCUGCCCGGCGGACGACUCUUCCAACAGGGUGCAGGUGGUGGAAAUAUUCUCGGACGGCUGGAACCGAACAGACAAUGGCAGUUCGAUAAGUAAUAGUUUUCUGCUCCUCUCGCCGCAUGCUAGGAGCUUCGUGGUGGAGUUCCUGGAGAGGGAGCCUGGCAGUUACUCCGUCACGUGGAUAGAGGUUUCCAAGCGGCCACUGCUCACUUCCUCGAGCUCGUUCAUCAUGUAUUCUUCCACUUCUCCUCCGGACUGUCCAUACAGAUGCCCGGAGCUGAACGCGUGCAUCAGCGCGGCGCUGUGGUGCGACGGCUCGCGGCACUGCCCCUCCGGCUUCGACGAGGAGGAGUCCAACUGCGCCUACCAGCUCGCCGUGCCCUUGCUGUACGUGGCCAUCGGCGGCGGCGCGCUGGCGGUGCUGGCGCUCCUCAUCGCCGUCACGGCGUGCGUCAAGUACCGCCGGCACCGCCGCAGCGAGCGCAAGAAGAAGAAGAGCUGUGCCAGUGCCGGCGGCUCCAACCACUUGCACGUCAACCACCUGCACAACAACGGCGACAGCGCGGGACAGCGGUACCGCACGUCCGCGGAGGAGAUGUUCCUCGACGGCAAGGACAGCUUGUGUUGA